UAUCAAUUUGGAAAAAAAUUGGUAUUUUUACUAUGGUGAGUUUUCCUAACCAUAAAUUUUAUGGUGUGUUUCUCCAUUUAUUUAGAUCUUCAUUAAUUUCUUUGGUCAGCCUUUUAUAGUUUUCAAGAUACAAGUCCUAUACAUGUUUUGUGAGAUUUCCAUUGGUGUAUUUCAGUUGAGCGACUAAAUGGUAUAUUUCUGAUUUCAUUGUCCAUAAGUUCAAAGUCAGUAUAUAGAAUUGUGGUUGGAUUUUGUGUUUAUCUUGUAUCCUGUGGAAUUGCCAAACUAAUUUAUCAGUUCUAAGAGUUUUUUAUAGACUCCUUGGGACUUUUUGUGUAACAAUCAUGUCAUUUGCAAAUAAGGACUGUUUUAUUUUUUUCUUUCCUGUCUGUAUGCCUUUCACUUCCUUUCUUGCUUUAUUGAACUAGCUAGAACUUCCAGUGCUAUGAACAGUGAGGACGGGCAUCUUUGCCUUGCUCCCAGCCUUUGGGAGAAGGCAUCCACUCUAUAACAUUAAAUGUACCGUUAAGUACAAUGUUGAUCUAUGUGUAGAGUCGGCUUUUGUAAGUGCUCCCUAGCUGUGGGAAAGGAGCAGUCUAUAGAUUUGAUGAACUAGCUCUUUUAGAGGUAGUCUCCCCCUACUUUAGAUAGAUUCAGGUGGAGUUGUUUACUAGAGUGAAGUGUAAAGAAUGAAGAUCUUAGAAUUUGGAGUCAGAACAGGCAGAUUUAAAUUUUGACUCUUCCACCUCCUAAGUGCUAGGUGGUCCAGACGCAUUAUUUAUAAACCUCUCAGAGCCCAUUUCUUCCUCCACAAAAAAGGGAGAAAUGCACCAUCCUGCCUUCUUGCUCCAUGAGUUUAAGCAUCCAAGGGAAUAAUAAUAAAGAGUGUGUCAGUUAUUAUAUCACUGCCAGGGGCAGCCCCAUCCCCACAGGAGGUGUAAAAUUGCCCCAAACUUAGUGACAGCUUCACCAUGCCCUUCUGUGGCCCCACCCAGCACCUUAAUUUAUUUAUCUCUACGUUAGAUUCAGCAACUUAUAAUGGAUCAUUAGAAUUUGCAUUUGGAAUCUUAAAUCAAAAGGCUAAAUGAUCCAGUAAUUUUUGCUGUCUCAAGGGCAGAUUACCAGAGUUCAUUAUUUCCUGGUUCCUCCGCUCACUGUCUGUGUGAACUUUGACAAAUGUAAUCUCCAAAUUCACCUUUAAGUACCAACACUUGUAAAAUGGGAGUAAUGACAGAACUACCUCAGAGGACUUGUGGUGAGGACCAAAUGAGUGAAUUUAUGUAACAAUUUUAGCAUGAUGUGUUACCUGUUUACUAUUGGUGACUAUAACGGACACAAAUUUGUGAAUCACCUUUCUUAAAAAAAAUUGUUUGCUUUGCAGAUUUAAAAAAAAAUGGAUUUGGCCAACCACGGACUUAUUCUCCUGCAACAGUUAAACGCUCAGCGAGAGUUUGGUUUCCUGUGUGACUGCACGGUUGCCAUCGGCGAUGUGUACUUCAAGGCACACAAAUCAGUUCUUGCUUCAUUCUCCAAUUACUUUAAGAUGUUGUUUGUCCAUCAGACCAGUGACUGUGUCCGUUUGAAAUCGACUGACAUACAGCCCGACAUUUUCAGCUAUCUCUUACAUUUGAUGUACACUGGAAAAAUGGCGCCUCAGCUGAUUGACCCUGUUCAACUGGAACAGGGGAUCAAGUUUCUACACGCUUACCCACUGAUCCAGGAGGCUAGCCUGGCCAGCCAGGGAGCCUUUUCUCAUCCUGACCAACUUUUCCCACUGGCUUCUUCCUUGUAUGGCAUUCAGAUUGCAGAUCACCCCUUGAGACAAGCCACCAAGAUUGCUCCAGCACCUGAAAAGCUUGGGCGAGACGCACAGCCACAGACCCCCAGGAUGAGCCAGGAGCAGGUGCCUGAAGCCUCACAGCUUUCUCAGCUGACUUCCAAUCUGACCCAGGUGAAUCGGACACACAUGACUCCCUCAGACCCACUGCAGACUCCGCUGUCGCCAGAACUGGUUUCCACUCCUGUGCCUCCCCCUCCUCCUGGGGAUGAGACCAAUCUGGAAGCCUCUUCCUCUGAUGAACAGCCUGCAUCUCUCACCAUAGCCCACGUCAAGCCGAGCAUCAUGAAGAGGAAUGGAAGCUUCCCAAAGUACUAUGCCUGCCACUUGUGUGGCCGGCGCUUUACCCUCCGGAGCAGUUUGCGGGAGCACCUCCAGAUUCACACAGGAGUACCGUUCACGUCAAGCCAACCAGGAGAGAGCCGAGUUCCCCUGUCUCUUUGUAGCAAUGCAGCUGACCUAGGAAAAGAUGCCAUGGAGGUGCCUGAAACUGGGAUGAUAAGUGACAGUGAGCUGCAGCACAUUUCAGACUCCCCGAUCAUAGACGGGCAGCAGCACUCGGAGACACCGCCGCCCUCAGACAUCGCGGACAUUGACAACCUGGAGCAGGUGGACCAAGAGAGGGAGGUAAAGAGGCGGAAGUAUGAGUGCACAAUAUGUGGACGCAAAUUCAUCCAGAAAAGCCACUGGAGGGAGCACAUGUACAUACACACGGGGAAGCCUUUCAAAUGCAGCACUUGUGACAAGAGUUUUUGCAGGGCCAACCAGGCUGCCCGGCACGUGUGCCUCAACCAGAGCAUUGACACGUACACCAUGGUGGACAAACAGACGCUGGAGCUCUGCACGUUUGAGGAAGGCAGUCAGAUGGACAACAUGUUGGUACAAACCAACAAACCCUACAAAUGCAACUUGUGUGACAAAACAUUCUCGACUCCCAAUGAGGUGGUUAAACAUUCAUGCCGAAACCAGAACUCAGAUGUCUUUGCCCUUGAUGAAGGGCGGUCCAUCCUCCUGGGCAGUGGGAACUCUGAAGUCACAGAACCUGACCACCCAGUGUUAGCGUCCAUCAAAAAGGAACAGGAAACAGUGUUGUUAGACUGAUGUUACCUGUCUUUUUAAAAACUGUCAUUUUUACAAAGACUACCUUCCCUAACCCCAAUUCAGAACUAUAGUUCUCCAUGGCAUGAUGCAAGCAGGUCGCUGUUCCUUUCCCCUCGCCCCCAUCUCCCCAUUCCCAGCGCCGCCUCCGUAAAGGUUUUGUGCAUUAUAAACCUGGAACAUACCUAACUUUAAUUCAGGGGAUAUUGGAAAGGUAAUGGUCAGUAGUACUUAAAAACUUGAAUAGAUUUUUGAGAAAUUUUAGAUUAUUUAAAAGCAUACUUGGAAAUAAUGAAGGGUAUAUAACAAAACGAAACAACUAGAAUGCAAUUUGGUAAGCUAAAAUUAUGACUUCCCCUGGGUAAUAAGUCUUCUCAGAAAAUGUCAAAAAAUAUAGCAACCUUCUUAGAGAUACAGCUGAGCACUGUACUAUGCACAAUGUAGAAAGUGUGGGAGAACUUUAAACCCAAGAAAACAUUCUUAGUAUUUAUCCUCUGGGUGUCUUAUUUCAGAAUGCAUCCUUUGAGAUUAUGUCCAGUCAGGAAAAAUCAUUAGUUAGGAAUCUGAACAAAACACAGAGGAGAAAAAGUAAUAAUGUGAUGGCAAUCUUAAUUUUUGGAUAAAACAUGACAAGUUGUGAGUUUGUGCAUUUAUAAGAGAAAAUAUAUGGAUACUUGCUAUGAACAGGUGAAUUAAUGCACAUGCCUUAUCUCAUUGCUGGCUUCUUUCAAAGUUGAACAAUAACAAAAUACUGUGUUUUACUUUGUAACAAAUUUGUUGGUUGUUUUAAAAAUCAGAUUUGAAAGUACGAUUCCAUAGAUUGAAUAUAAAAUGACAUGCCAUUCUAGCAGUUGCCAGUGGUAAAUUUAUUUUAGCACCAACCAGCUGCUUUUAAAUCAGUGUGAAUACUGCAGGAAAAAGGAUAGGGAAUGUAAUCUUACAGGGAAGUUCAGCAUAGCGUGUAGGAACUUCAGUGACUACGAAAGUUAAUGCUAACAUAAUGGCAACAUUCACUGAAGCAUCAAAAAUGGCAGAGAAAUCAAGACAAAAAAAUGCUGAUUGCUUUUUUUGGAAAAACCUAAUUUUUAUGUUUAGUCUCCAGUAUUUUCUUUUUUAACAUCUGAGAUUUCCUCCAUUGGCCUGAAAGCGUAAAAUUUGUCCAUUCAUCUUCCCUUAGGCCAGUAACAGAAUGGUCUCACAGGGCAAAACAGGAGCCAGAAGUAAGGACCGAAGGGGAAAGGGAAGAACAUUAAUAGCUGAGCUGUAUGUGUGUUAAAAACUGAAUAUCCCGUCCUCCUAUUUCAUGUAUAGUUGAGUUCUCACAUUUGUAAGUUUUUAUACAUACCUUCAUUGAAUAAACAUUUAAUUAAAUGUUUAUAUCA